CAAGAGGAGAUGCUAAAGAAGGAAAAAGAACAGGGCAUAGAGAUCUGAGUAGAAAAAGAAGAAAGCAUAGCAUCUGAGCGAACAGUGACCCUUUGGAACCAAAAAAUGCAAACCCCAAAUUCAUCGUCUCCAUCCCCACCAACACAGCAACACCACUGGCCGUCAUCCCUCUCAGUUCCGUCAUUCUUCAACCUCAGAGACACAAAAUCAAAACCCACUCUUCUCUACACAGUCCUCGCCAUCUCCCUCCUCUCCCUCACACUCAUCCUCUCUCUCUCCCUCUCCUCUUCCUCACACCCUCCCCCAUCCGGACCCGACCCGUUUCUCCACCCCACCCGAACCAUCAUCUACGACCCUCCCCCUCCCUCCAUCGCUUAUCUCAUCUCUGGCUCCCACGCCGAUUCGGCUCGGAUCCUCCGCUUGCUCUCCGCCACCUACCACCCCCUCAACCACUACCUCCUCCACCUCGACCCCUCUGCCCCCCACGCCGACCGGGAGCGCGUGGCUCUCACCGUCCAGUCCAACCCAAUCUUCAGAGCCGCGCAGAACGUCCACGUCAUGGGGAAACCCGAUUUCGCUUACCCCAAAGGGUCCUCACCCGUUUCCUUGAACCUCCACGCCGCUUCCAUUUUACUUCGCCUUUCGGUCAACUGGGAUUGGUUCGUUAGCCUCAGUGCCGAUGCGUACCCUCUUGUUACCCAAGAUGAUCUUCUCCACAUAUUGUCAUUUCUGCCUAAAGAUAUGAACUUUGUGAACCAUUCAAGUUAUAUUGGAUGGAAAGAGGCAAGUAGGUUGAAACCUAUUAUUGUUGAUCCUGGCCUGUAUCUCUCUGAAGGGACUGAAAUGUUUUAUGCUACUCAGAAGAGGGAGCUCCCUACUGCUUACCGUUUGUUUACAGGUUCAUCUUUUUCUAUCUUAAGUCGUAGUUUCAUGGAGUUCUGCAUCUUGGGAGAAGACAACCUCCCAAGGAUCCUACUGAUGUAUUUUGCGAACACACCAUCAUCCUUGUACAACUAUUUCCCUACAGUUCUCUGUAAUUCUCGGCAGUUUAACCGGACAGUUAUAAAUCAGAAUUUAUUAUACGCUAUUCAUGACAGCCGUAGAAAUGAUCUUAGACCACUUAAUUCCACUGAUUUUGAUGACAUGAUUCGUAGUGGAGCUGCCUUUGCUCAGAAGUUCCAGAAAGAUGAUCCUAUGCUAGAUCUCAUUGACCAAAAAAUUUUGGGUCGAAGUCCUAGAUCAGUUGUUCCUGGUGGAUGGUGUUUAGGUGAGCCUGGUAACAGCACGUGUUUAACAUGGGGUGAUGCUAAGAUCUUGAGACCUGGUACAGGUUCUCAACGACUUGAGAAGGCAAUUGUUGAAUUGCUGUCGAAUGGCACUUUCCGAUCACGUCAGUGUAUGUAUGAAUGAACUCACUCUAGUCUGAUGUCUCAAUGUAAUAGAAUAGACAUUGACCUCGAAAGAAACUCAAAAGGAUUGGGAAGAAUUAUAUAAGAAUCAACUGCUUGGUGUUGUGCCUUGCCUAUUGGAAAUCUUGUACCAAAUUCAGGGUUUGGAUUUUUUUGGGCGGUGCUUUAUACGAGAAAGGUAUGAGUAUGUGAUAUGUAUUCUGUUAGUGCAAUUUUAACUUUUUGCUAAUUCUGAUUGGCAUUUUUAUAAUUUAAUGUGGAUGCCAAUUUAGCAUGUAUGUUCAGAUUUGGGUGCUGUUUGUUGGCUUAGAGAUCCUUGCUUCGUUCUUAAAUGCUGAAAA